AUGGCGACAUCCUCUCCUCCAAUGCCCCCUCGCCUUAAUGACCGAUCGCUCCGCAGUGCGACGGUGCUCGUCUCGUCUCUGUGGACGUCGGUAUACGAAGGUUGUCGAAGCGUAACCCGUGCGCAAGUCCACUUCUUUCUGAAGCAGUAUGUACCCAUUUUAGAAUGGUUACCCGCUUACGAUAUGCGUGAAGACUUGCAAUAUGACGUGGUAUCCGGGGUUACCGUUGGCCUUAUGCUCGUACCCCAGGAAGUAUCCCUCAGCGCUAUCAUGGGGGUCCCCCCUAUUUACGGGCUCUAUACAGCAGCAGUUGUGCCAAUGAUUUACCCGCUAUUUGGCACCUCUCGAGUCUUAUCGGUCGCUAAUGGGGCUGAAGUGAGCUUAUUAGUGGGUUCUGCUAUCAAGAAGGUGGAAAGUGAAGAAGAACGCAUUGCGACGGGCAUUGUCUUGAGUUUUCUAAGUGGCCUCGUGCUGGUGUUCAUGGGUGUAUUUCGACUUGGAGUCAUUGCCGACUUUUUCUCUCGACCGGUUAUGGGCGGCUUCCUCUCUGCUGGUGGUGUACUCAUUAUGUUAUCUCAGGUGGCGAGCUGGCUCGGGCUGGACACUAAAAGCAGGGAUCUACCAUUGCUGACGGUUUUGGAUCUCUUCCAGGAGUUUACAACCCUCAAUGUAUUGAGUUUUGUGCUCGGGACGGUCUCGAUUCUAGUGCUGGUGGGGAUGCACGAGCUGAAGAGGAAGAUUGUGACGGAGCUGGCCAAUCUGGCAGAAGAAGUGGAGGACCAGUUUGCUAUUGAGACGUCACGAGCGCUGAAUGAGUUGUCCAUUAGCACCAAGUCAGUGGGCGAAGAGCCGGAUGGUGACGUGGAAACUGAGGAUGAUGGUGUUGGAGAUCAUGGAGCUACUGAGGACGAGGAGAGAGAACGAGCUGCAAGUUGUACGGAUGAUGAUGGAAUGGGCAAAGUAUUGAAACACGAGACAAAUCGACAGCUGAGACGGAGUAAUAGUGGACUGGACUCGGGCACGAAAGGCUCGUCUGGUGAAUCAAAGUGGGCUGCUUUGCCCUUAGUGUCGACGACAGGAUCCAUUCGACGCCGAGAGGACGUGUUGACAGCUUCUCCUUGGGAAGCUUUGACGCGCAGAAGCCGGGAUAUAACAGCAAUGACUCGAAGCACCCGUCACGCGCGCAUGGACGACGAAGGUGUGGGGUUUUCUUUAUCGGACGAACAUUACAUUACAGUUGAGAGACCACUGGAUUUUGGUAGUCACCCUGGUGCAGCUGACCGAUUGCAGCGUUCGGACUCGGAUGAAGCAGGUUUGGCACGAACGCGGCCACGGAUGAAUUCUUUGAUGCAGUUAAGGUUGGAGACACCUCGUCGAGCCCAUGGCGGCGAUGAUCGUCGCAAUAAUGAGGAUGCUAAUGCGAAAGCUGAGGCCGAGAUGAAGCGACGUGUGAAAGAGCUUGUAUCGCCUGCGAAGUCUGAUGCUGGAUCAGAAAUGGCAGACUCCAGUACUGCACUAACAGGACGCAUGUUGGCGGCAUCGUCGACGUCAGUUCGGCUAUUGCGCUCCAAAAUGGCCUUGCUCGUCGCGCUGAGGUUAGUGUGUGACUUGGGUGCGUUCAUGGUUUGUCUGCUUGGUGGCAUCGUGGGUUAUUUGGCCCCUGAAGGCUCUCUGGCGCUUGCUGGAGACAUUCCAGGUGGUUAUCCGUCGUUGAAGAGGCCCUGGUAUGGUUUUAGCGAAGACAUCAUUGACGCCGACCGCUUAUACCAUCUCUUCAUUGACACGCUUUCGAUCGCCAUCAUCUCGUACAUGUGUAGUGUUGCGAUGGCGAAGCGUUUGGCUAUCAAAGAAGGCUACCGGAUCCGGCCGAACCAGGAGCUCUUGGCUCUGGGUUUCUCCAAUCUUGUUGGAUCGUUUUUCCAGGGAAUGCCCUCCACUGGAGGUCUUUCACGCACCGCGGUAAAUAUGCAGAAUGCACGCACGCAGCUUGCAAGUGUGAUUACAGUGCUAGUCGUAGUGACGGUGCUGUACACUGCUACUUCAGCUCUGGCUUACCUGCCAAAAGCAAGCUUAGCUUCGAUCAUCAUCGUCGCGGGCUAUUCGCUGAUCGAGCUGAAGGAAGCAAAGUGGCUGUAUCGCGUGAAGCGGGACGAGUUUUACGUGUGGUUGGCAUCGUUUGUGCUGUCAUGUUUAUUGGGUGUGCUGCCUGGACUACUGUCCUCCAUCUUUUGCUCGUUGGUUGCCGUGAUUUACAAAACUCGUCGACCUAUCAUCUCGACGCUGGGCGAGGUGACUGAUGAAGAGACCCAGGAGAAGCGCGUGGUGGACUUGGAUUUGUAUCCGGAUACAGCUCGCCCAUUUUCUGACGUCGUGGCGAUUCGAGUGGAAGGUGCACUGUACUUUGCUAAUUGUGAGUACAUUGAGCGCGUGGUGGAACGUGAGGUGCGCAAGCGGUAUGAGACCGAAGGAGCGGUUGUCCGUGGUGUUGUCAUUGAUGCAGGCUCCAUGAUGGACUGGGAUACUACUACAAUCCAGAUGAUGAAGCAUCUGAAGUCUGAGCUGCGACGGCAAGGCAUCAUGCUGGCAAUUGUGAACGCACGAGAUCGGCUCCAGCUGCUACUAAAGACGACAGCGUUUCUUGUUGGCAUCGUGCACAAUGACGCGCGCAUUGGAUUCGUAGAAGCCAUCACGGCCAUCCGCGAGGAAGCAAUGCCGCCAGAUGAAAGUGGGGCACUCACGCGUCCAUCCAGAGAACAGAACAUUUGA